CGCCCCUGUUCUUCCCCCAUGUCCUUCUCCAGCCAGUUCGCACAAACCUCAGCCAUAACACCACCACCGGCGGCGGCGGCGGCCCCAAAUCGGACCCCAACAGCAGCGGCCCCGAAUCGGACCCCACCUGCAGCGGCGGUCCCCAAUCGUUCCCCAAAUCGGACCCAAAAUCAGAGUAUGGCAGAUCCGGCACCGGCGGCGGCGUCUGGCAACGGCAGCGACGAGGUCCUGCGGAAGAAGCUAGGUUGGCGGAAGUUUUUUGGCCUGAAGGGCAAAUUUAGAAAGUUAGAAAUAUGUUUCCUAAUCUAGAACUAAAUAAGUAAUAUGAAUGAAAAAAACAUUAGUAGGUAUUGUUUUUGUAAAAGAGCUAUGAUUUGGUCCUAUUAUAAGCAAAUUUCUCCCGAAUUAAUUGUAAUUUGUACAGAGAAGUAAAAAAAUAAGUGUGAUAUUGAUAUUUCCUAUUAAAAUUUUAUUUUCAAUUUUUUAUUUUGAGACACGUAAAUAAAAAUUGUCACAUAUGAUGUCUAUGAGAUUAUAAACACUGGUCACAUAAGCUUAAAAUUAUUCAAACUCUAACCAACAUAUAGUCUUCUUCCAAAAAUAAGACCAUAUGUUUGGUUUUUAAACUAGUCGGUCCUAUUUUUGGAAACAAACUAUGUUUUAGUCCUAUUAAGAUAAUAAAUCUCCCCAGAUUUUUUUCACCAACCAUUCUUGUACCCUUUUAUUAUGUAAGUAUAUAACUUCGCAGGCAACAAUGAGCAGUCACAAUGCGGUACUAGUCUACAUCAUUGCAGGGUUAGCGAACAUGUCGCCCGUCGUCUGGGGCGACCGAUCGAGGGAAAGAAGCACCAAGAUCUUUAUAGGUCUUUUUUGUUCUUUUUCUCACCCUAGUGUACAGUUGAAUGCUUUGUUUGUAAUGCUUCGGCUAUUGA